AUGCAGACCGCAGAGCUUCUACAUCAACGCAAACUAGAAGCGCAGCAGACUGCCGUGGAUACGGCUGCCACUGGCGAAUCGACUCAGGCGAACGCAGAUUUAACGAACGCGGCGAGUGUUGUCAAGUUCUAUGAUUCCAAUGCCCGAUCCGCUUCUGCGAAUUCGUUGGCGCAUCGACAACAGACUCGGAUUUAUCACUUGAGAAAUUUUAAUAACUGGAUCAAAAGCGUAUUUAUCAACCAGUAUUUGGAGAAACUUGGACGCAAUCGGGGUGCGUAUGUGUUGGACUUAUGUUGUGGCAAAGGUGGGGAUCAACUGAAAUGGGCUCAAACCGAUACCAGACAUGUAACGUUUAUUGAUAUAUCCAGUGCCUCAAUCGAUGUGUGCCGCCAACGUUAUGAACAACUAUAUCGAAAACGUCGUUCAUUGUACACAGCCGAUUUCCACGUUGCCGAUUGUACUGCGGAUUUGAGAGAAAAAAUGCGGAAUCAACAGGGUCGAUUUGAUCUGGUCAGCUGCCAGUUUUCAUUUCACUAUGCCUUUGAGAGUAUGAAACAGGCGCGAACAUUUUUGGCUAAUGUGAGCCACUCUCUACAUCCCGGGGGAUAUUUUAUUGCGACCAUCCCAAACGCAUACGAACUGGUUCGCAGAGCAACCAAAGCUUACGAAUCUUCUGGUCAGUCUCCAGGAAUUGAUGGAGGUUCACUCGACAAAAUUGAAUUUGGAAAUUCUAUACACACUAUCAGGUUCCCCUCCAGCUCCUACUCCGUCAUAAAAGGAGAUAAACAGAAGGGGAAAACGGAUUCGCUCCAGUUCCCGCUGUUCGGCUCAAGUUAUGAUUUCCAUCUAGAAGGUGUGGUUGAUUGUCCCGAAUUCCUUGUUUAUCCACCUCUGUUGAAUCACUUGGCAAUGGAACAGAAUUUGAUUCCUGUCAUGGCACCAAUGGGGUUCGCCGACUUUUUCGCUCAACAUCAUUCGGGGUAUGUUGGACGAGAAUCGUCUCGAGAUCUAUUGGUGCGAAUGAAGGCGUUAGAGUGCUAUCCGAAUCAAGUGGAUAACGAUGGUCGCCAUUCUAACCUUGUCGCAGAUGGUGAACCUGGUGCAUAUGAUCACGUAAGUAAGCGGAUCGAACAGGACGAAGCGUGCAGACAUUCACGUUAUUUGGGAACAUUGUCCUUGGCUGAGUGGGAAGUUAUUACUCUGUACAGUUUGGUUGCAUUCCAAAGAAAAUGA